AUGUUGACUCCGACAUUACAAGUUUGGGGAAUCUCGGCGACGGAGGACGUGAGUUUGGGCCCGGACGACAAAGCGACUUCUCAAUCCCGGUUAAGGCUGCAUAGUCGGAUUACCAUCUUCGACCAGGACGGUUCUUUCGACAUUAUUCGAAUUCGUCUACAGGGAGCUGUUCGAACUCAAAUUGGUUCACAGGUCGCCGUUGAAAAGUUUCCGUCCUCGACCCAAACCAAAACAAAUCUAGAUUUCCAACCUGUCCAUUCCGCAUCUCGACAACGGUCUGACGAACAACAUCUUGACUUCAUCUGUUCCGUCCCUGCUACAAACACCAAACGAUCUGAACGCAAGUCUUCCUCGGGCGAUGUGCUCGAUAGCUUCGUACCCACCAUGUCCGUCACCGGGAACACCUAUGUCACCCGAGUUUCCGCACUGAGGGACAGACACCUUGUGGAAGGGUCAUGCAAGGUGGCUUAUUGGCUCGAGGUUGAGUUUUGGCGAUCGGAAUCGAACCAUUUGGUUGGGGCUCUGACCUGCCCUGUCGACGUUUCGGCACUACUGAUGCCGUUGGAUGUGGAAGUCUCCAUUCCGAAUCAGUCGAACGAGAUCGAACAGGUGGUAAAGCCUCCGCUGCGAUCAUUGGGCAGACUCAUUUGGUCACAUCCUCAACCAGAAUUGUCCGUCACCAUUCCCAAAAAGCUCGGCUACCUGCUUUCCGACUCGUCAAGAUUGUCACGAGGAUCUCGACAUUUGUCCAUCCCGGUCUCAGUCCACAUCAAACGCCCCUCACAGUCUCGUCGACCGGUACAAGCUCUGCCGCCGGGGGACUCAUUGAAAUGUUCCGUGAAGGCUAUGUGGUAUACAAGGAGGACAUUUACCACGGGAUCCUCCGCAGCCGAAUCUGUCGUCAACAACACUACUGUGUCGGCCCAGAAACUCUCCCUUACCUUGCCGCCACUUUACCGCUUGGACUCGGAGAGCUCCCCAUGCACAACCUCAAUGGAGCUGAACCUCAUCCUUCCCGGAUCCAUAUCCAGUCCGUCCGUCCACACGGACCUCUUGGCGGUCAGCUACAUACUCGAUCUAUCCAUGAGGUUCGAAUUCAAUGGACAUGAAAUUCUCAAAGGUUCAUAUAAUGCAAGCCUUCGUCUCCCGCUUACACUUCGUGCUGCUCAACCACAUCCCAUCAUUAGCCGACGGAAUUUUGAUCCUCUUGUGGGAUAUGUCGCAGAGGAAGCAAUUUACGCCCCACCUCCAUAUGUUUUUUGA